AUGGCAGACAUUCGGGCACUGCGGGUGGAUGAAGCAGUCGCUGGUUCCGGCAUUGGCACUGCUCCACCACGCUGUCACUCCAUUCUACCCGCGCCGGAAGCGACGUCGGGGUUGAUUGGCAGGAUCAUCAUCAACGCACGAGCGAACCGAAAGACUGUCACGACCGUUGAGCGAAGAGCACUACAGUCAAACCUGGAUAACGCAAUAUUCCGUAGGAACAUAACCUCUUUAACGCUAUACUUUCAGCUUCAACUUCUAAAAUUCGGUGUGAACCUCUUACCUGCCUAUAUUGCCUUAACCUGA